AUGAUCGGAGGUGUUUGCUAUGCGAUUGGCCUGUUCAUGCGAUUACCCUUUGGGUCGAACCCGGAUCGGUUGAGUCUUUACAUUAUCAUGAACAUGUUUACCGUGUUAUCACCUUGUGCAUUUAUCGCUACGGUAUACAUGUUACUUGGGCGACUAGCUUUGCACCUUGAUGCCGAUGAGUAUCUGCUCGUAAAGGCACGAAUUAUAACUAAAUUGUUCUUGACAUCAGAUAUUGGUAUGCUCGCCCUUCCAUAUAUUUUUCUUCAACCUAUUGAUCACGAAUACCUUCCCAGUGACUUACUUAUUCAGGCAGCUGGAGGAGGAAUGGCAGCCAUGCAGAGCCUGAAAGAUGUCGGUAAAAGGGUGUUUGUGGUUACUUGGCCACCUCUGUACCUUACUCGGUAUGGACAUGUCGACUCGAUCGAUACAGCCGUAGAGAUGGGAGUUUCUCGGGACAUGGAAAAGUAG